AGGAACAGGAAUAAGGAUAUGGUUUGGGGUUUCUGUUCACUGGUCUUGCAGGAUGAAUUCCAUCAGUGUGGAAAAUGAGAAACAAGGCUGCAGCUCUGCAGUGAAGUUGCAGUCGGGCUGGAACAGACCAGGAGUGUGCGGUUUGGAUAACUCCGGCAACUCCUGCUACUUAAAUGCUGUGUUACAGUGUCUGUGUUCCUCUGUGCCCCUCGUGGAGCACCUCCUUAAUCAGGACACUCGCAAUGAGCUGGGAAGGUCUAAGUGUCGGGUGGCUGGGAUGUUUGUCCGCCUGCUGGAGGAGAUGUGGCUGGGAAGGAGCUCCAGCUGUGCCCCUGUGGAGGCCAGGUCUGUGCUGUGCUCCAUCCUCCCCCAGUUCAACAACUACUCCCAGCAAGAUGCCCAGGAACUGCUGCUCUUUCUCCUCAAUGCACUACACGACGACCUCAAAAAGGUUGCAAAGCGCCAGAUGCACUCCUCAAGACGACAACCAAGACAAGACCAGAAUAGCAACUGUGCCAGUGCAGCGGGGGAGUCCAGCACCAUUGUCUCACAUCUGUUUGAGGGCCAGCUGGGCUACAUGACCCUCUGCAUGCACUGCAACCACCAGACACACAGCACACAGACCUUCACUGUACUGUCACUGCCAAUUCCAACAGACAUCAUUAAGUGCUCCAUUCAGGAUUGCCUGUCACUGUUCUUCGAGCAGACUAUCCUGACCAGAGGAGAGCAGAUGUUGUGUUCGGUGUGUGGGAUGAGGAGAGAAACGGCAGUCCGCACUUGUUUGGACAAACCUCCCGAAAUCCUAAUGUUGCACCUGAAACGGUUUGGUUGUAAGGGGAAGAACCAGGUGAAACUGAGGACGAAUGUCGUGUUCUCCAUGAGGCUCAAUCUCUCCCCGUUUCUAUCCAGCUCAGUACAGAACACCUCAUAUUCUUCAUACCGCCUAUAUGCUGUUGUGAACCACACAGGUCAUCUUCACAUGGGUCACUACACAGCUCUGUGCCACAACGCCCUGACUCAGACCUGGCACUGUUUUGACGACUCGGCGAUCCGAGAGGUACCGGACAGCCUUGUGCAAUCUCCAAAUGCCUACGUGCUGCUCUACAGCCGUAAGCGAUUUCAAAAGCCAAAGAUCCACGGACUCUGAGCUCUCCAACCAGCCGGCCAGGGGGCUGAGUUUCAACUUCCUUUUUGUUGUUUUAUCGAUAAGUCCAAUGCUAUCGGUGAAGUACUCUUUUAAAAUGCAUUUAAAUCUGUGGCCUUGCAUCAGUCAGACAUCACUGAUGCUUGUUUUUGUGUUGACUUCACCAUAACUGCUCUCCAAAUAAAUGUAAAGCUCCAGCAUUGA